AUGGCAGCGACGGCAAGCCAGAUUGGCUUCGACUUUAGCAAUUACGCGCGUAACGAGUUCCUUGGCGCGCGUACGGCUCUUCCCAAGGCGACAUCGACGGGUACUACCAUUGUCGGCCUCAAGUAUGGAGGUGGAGACUCUGGUGAGGAGGAGGGCAUCUGCCUCGGUGCCGACACGCGUGCGACUGCUGGACCGAUCGUGGCGGACAAGAACUGCGAGAAGAUUCACUACCUCACCCCCUCCAUUCGCUGCUGCGGAGCAGGAACCGCCGCCGACACUGAAUAUGUUACGAACCUGAUGUCCUCGAACCUGGAGCUUCAUGCCCUCUCGUCCGGGCGACCAGCGCGUGUGGUGACAGCCAUGACGAUGCUGAAGCAGUACCUGUACCGCUACCAGGGACACAUUGGCGCAUACCUUGUUGUCGGUGGGGUCGACGCGACUGGCCCACACCUCUUCACAGUGCACGCGCACGGCAGCACUGACAAGCUGCCAUACGUGACCAUGGGCUCUGGUUCGCUGAAUGCUAUGGCCGUCUUCGAAGCCAGCUACAAGGAGCACAUGACGCGCCAGGAGGCGAUCGACCUUGUCGCCCGCGCCAUUCGCUCGGGUGUGUUCAACGACCUGGGCUCGGGUUCGAACGUGGACGUGUGCGUCAUCAACUCGAAGGGCACGGAGAUGCUGCGCAACUAUGAGAUGCCCAACGAGCGUGGGAUCAAGUCGCGCAACUACAAGUUCAAGCGCGGAACAACGGCAUGGCUCAAGGAGAAUGUCCGCGACCUCAUUGUCAGCGAGGAGGUGGCGACUGUCGGCGCAGGCAAGGCGCAGCCCGGGUUUACCGACAAGGGGGUCGCUACCGGCGGGGUGGGCGGUGCCGAGGGCAUGGACUUGGAUGUGUAG